UAGAAAUUUAUAAUAAAGAAAAGAGAUUAAAUGACUCAAAAUAUUGUGAUGAAAUGAGAUUUUAGGUCAACGGUCCAAUUAUAUCAUUAGUCGUUAAAAUUACAAUCUUAGCUCUUGGGAGUUCACUCUUUUGUAAUUGCUAUUUGAUUACAUUUGAUUGAACUUCAGCUCGGUUGAUCUUACAAUGGCUACUCAAGCUUCAAAUCACCCGGAAUCCAUUUACGACUUCACCGUCAAAGAUGCUAUGGGAAAUGAUAUCAAUCUUAGUAUAUUCAAGGGGAAAGUCUUACUCAUUGUUAACGUUGCUUCCAGAUGUGGGAUGACAAAUUCAAACUAUGUGGAGUUGAACCAACUAUACGAGAAAUACAAAGAACACGGUUUGGAGGUUCUGGCAUUUCCAUGUAAUCAGUUUGGUGACGAGGAACCAGGAAGUAACGAUGAGAUCAAAGAUUUUGUCUGCAGUCGUUUCAAAUCAGAAUUUCCAAUUUUUGACAAGAUUGAAGUAAAUGGAAACAAUUCUGCUCCACUCUACAAAUUCCUAAAACUGGGUAAAUGGGGGAUAUUUGGGGACGAUAUACAGUGGAAUUUUGCCAAAUUUCUCAUUGAUAAGAAUGGGAAUGUGGUUGAUCGUUAUUACCCAACAACGCCACCUCUCAGCAUAGAGCAUGAUAUCAAGAAGCUAUUAGGUAUCUCAUGAGCAAUGGAACGUCCAAGUGCUCGAUGAUGAUCAGUCUCAACAUGAAUUUGCAAUGGGCUUUUGAUGGUUGGUUACAACAUUGUUGAAUUUUGAGUUAAGAACUUAACAGUGUAUGGUUGGAAUGAUGUAAUUCCAAGAUUCAUGAAUAUUAUUGAAGAUCAUAUAUGAUUGAUCUGAAAUCUAUAGAAUUCCACAUAAACAUAUUGAAUGGAUCAAAGUACAAGUCUUUUGAACAAAAUUCUAAUUCCUA